AUGGCCCGAGUGCGAGAUCCUCCCAAAGUUCUCGCGAUACCACUUCGGAAGUGCACGAACAGGUCUUGCGCCGCAAUUCUUCCUCCUAUCGAAGAAUACAAGCACAAACGAUGCAAUGGAUGUCGCGAGAGAAAUCGCCAAUGGGCUGUUGCACGGAAUAAGAAGAUCAAGGGUGAUGAUUCGGAGAGUCCCGUUGUAUAUCCUACCGCGCAAAAUUUAUGCGACGAUCUUCGCGUCCUAUGGACCAGUAAUCGUGAGAAGGACGAAAUGUUCUUCUUCCAAGGGGAGUUCUACACUUCCCUCAACACCAGUGCGGGCGAAACGCUCCAAGAUUCCACGCGUAUGACCACCAACGAUAUCACCUCCGCGACGGGGGUGAAGUACGGUCGCUCGGGUGUCAAGGACACGAAAUGGAAGGAUCAUACCGGCUUACGGACCUACUUCCGCUGCACGCGCGAGCACCUCGCACGCCAGAAAGCUCGAAAGGCGUCCGCGAAUGGGCCUGUGGAGGAACAUAUGUGUCAUACGAGUCUUAUGAUCAGUUUCGCGGACCAGGAAGAGGCGAAUAGAUACCUCGUUACGAUCAGGUUGUCUUCGAUGCAUAAACCUGAACGCUCUGUGGGCAAUGGAGGCGUAAUCGCCGGAGUCCUGGACUCUGACAUGGUGUCCCAGCCUGGUCAACCGGAAUCGUCGCCAGUAGCAGAAUCGAGGGGUGGCGAGGCUGAGACUGAGAGUGUCGAUGAAGAUGAAGAGGCUGACAUGGUCGAGAAUAUGCUUAAGGACAUAGAUGAAUUUGAUGAGUAGGUGGAUCAGCUCAGGAGAGAAGAUGGGGAGGCCCAAUCUGUGCAGUAGAUUACUGUUUCAGCUCCUUUUGCCCUAUAUUUUCUUAUUCCGCAUAUGUCAUUCAGCGUGCUGGGCUCAUCGUUAGUCGUCAAACGUCCCUGCCGCCCAGACCGUGGGACGCGUAGUAACAUGAUGGAACCCACCGAGCGCUUCAGAAUUCUUGACUCCGUUUUCUUUAUCUUCGGGAAUAUGUACCUCAUCAGUCAUAAUAUCACUACCUAAUUGACUGCUGCUCAAAUCCUGUAAGCACUAAAUUGUCAGAGGUGAGGAGUUGGUGAGGAGAUACUUAACAGCAAUAACUACUUAGUAGAUUUUUCCCCGGUCGGCCGUUAUCAACUUGUCGGUAUACUUGAUUAUUUGGUCGUGAUGCUAUGUGCUUUAUAUGCCCC